AUGAGGGAGAUGAGGGAGGUGAGGGGAAUGAGGGAGGCGAGGGAGAUGAGGGAGAUGAAAAAGAUGAGAGAGAUAAGAGAAAUGAGAGAGAUGAUGGAGAUGAGGGAGAUAAGAGAAAUGAGGGAGAGGAGGGAGAGGAGGGAGAUGAGGGGGAUGAGGGAGAGGAGUGAGAGGAGGGAGAGGAGGGAGGUGAGGGAGGUGAGGGAGAUGAGGGAGAUGAGGGAGAUGAGGGAGAUGAGAGAGAUGAGAGAGAUGAGGGAGAUGAGGGAGAUGAGGGAGAUGAGGGAGAUGAGAGAGAUGAGAGAGAUGAGAGAGAUGAGGGAGGUGAGGGAGGUGAGGGAGGUGAGGGAGAUGGGGGAGAUGGGGGAGAUGGGGGAGAUGAGAGAGAUGAGGGAGGUGAGGGAGGUGAGGGAGGUGAGGGAGAUGGGGGAGAUGGGGGGAAUGAAGGAGGUGAGAGAUGAGGGAGAGGAGGGAGAUGGGGCAGGUGAGGGCGUGUUCUAG